UGUUUUAUUUCUCUCUUCCGUUUUUCUCCGGAAUAUCUUUUUUGAGAAUUCCGAAAAAAACAGAAAAUUGUCACUUCCGGAGAGAAAUCAUGGCGAACAAGAUUAUGAAGAUAGGAGAAUUGUUGAUGUUAGAUGAUAUAUUGGAAGAUUCUGACGAGUUAAAUAAGGAUGACCCAUUUGUAACUAUUUGUUCACUUGCGGCAUUGAUGUACGUAAUGUUGUUAAGGCCUCGAAAUGAUAGAAACAUUGGAGUAAAGUAGAAAAGUACAGAUCUCAUCAUGUUAGAGUACAGAACUAUGCUACUACUGUUGUGGACAACUACAUAGCCACCGACUUCAAGAGAAUAUUUCGUUUCACCCAAAAUUGCUUUGAGUCACUGGUUGAAGUUUUGUCAUCAAGACCUGAAAUGCAACUAAAUGAUGAACAUUUUGGAGGUCGGGAAAGAGUAGGGUUGGAAAAAAGUACUUGUUGCUCUAAGAUACUUUGGUCACCAGGGAAGUGUGAGGUUGAUCUCAGAUAUUUUUGGCAUUGCAGACUCCACAGUUAUUUCAUGCAGAAACCGAAUAGCUGCCUCUUUGUUAGGCUUAAAGGAUGUGUACAUAAAAUGGCCAAUGGACAAUAGACUUCAGUUCAAUAUUGCUUGCAAAUUUCAAGAAAAUAGAGGAUUCCCAAAUGUCAUCGGAGCCAUUGAUGGAACCCACAUACAAAUAACACCGCCUGCCGAGCAUCCUCAAGCCUAUGUGAACAGAAAAAGUUACCACAGUAUAGUUUUGCAGUGUGUCUGCCUACAUGAUACUUCUUUUUCUAAUUGCUUCAUAGGGUGGCCAGGAAGUGUACAUGAUGCUCGGGUCUUGAAAAAUUCUGACUUGUGGAAUGAAGGCCAGAAUAUAUGUGCUGAUCAUCACAUACUUGGGGAUGGGGCAUACCCUCUCAAGAAUUGGUUGCUAACACCCUAUAGAGACAAUGGACACCUAACAGCUGAACAAAAACGCUAUAACUUUAUUCAUGCCUCAACAAGAGCUGUCAUUGAACGUGCCUUUGGACUUCUGAAAGGACGUUUCCGCAGGCUGCACUACCUAGAAACAAAGAAACUCCAAACAUCGUGUGAUAUUGGAAUAGCGUGUUGUGUUUUACACAAUUUCUGCAUCAAACACGGAGACAAUGGUGAUGAAUUUGUCGAGGAGCAGUUUGAAUAUAUCAAUAAUGAUAUUGCUAUGGGUGCCGUUGAUGAAACAGGCUCAGCAAAGCGAGAUAGGAUAGCAAGAAACCUACAUUAAUCAGAAUAUUAAACACUCUCUUGUUGAACAAUUAUAAUGUUAAUAUGCAUCUUCUUUUUUGAAUUUAGAACAAACUGUACAUCAUUUAUAUUUCUCAACUGGUUGCAAUUGCUCAAUCUGUAGUCUUAUGCAUUAUUAUUUAGAAAGAUUAAAAAUGCCAGACUGAUAAACAUCAAAAUGCUUCAUAAUAAAUUUUAAUGAUCUCUUUCUUUCUCUGUAUGUACAUGUGACAUGAUUUUCUAUUUCAAUUGUAGCAAAUUAAUCAUAACAGCUAUUUGCAGAAGAAAAGAUUAUGUACUAAAAUUAUCUUUGAAAAAAGAAUCCUUAAAUAGUU